UUCCGCUAUCACCGUUCAUGACACACGGUUCAACACUUCCUAUCAUCAAUUGGUUUUCAGAUACAUCAUGUGAGCUAUUUGAUGCCAUCUACCAAUUUGGUGACUCACUUUCCGACACCGGCAACUAUGUUCUAGAGCCCAAAAGCAACACCGUCUACAACAGGCUCCCUUAUGGUCAAACCACACACCCAACGGGUCGUGCCUCCGAUGGCCUUAUCAUGGUGGAUUACAUUGCAUCGUACUUCAAUCUACCACAACUGAACCCAUAUCUAGCCACCGGAAGCGACUUCACCCACGGAGCCAAUUUCGCGAUAAUAGGCGCUACCGCUAAUGGUGGACUUAACGACAAUUCCUUGGCUAAGGAGCUUGAUUGGUUUAAAACUCACCUCAACUCUACUUACUCUAAUCCAGCAGAAAAACUCCAAAAGUCGUUGGUGCUAAUGGGAGAAAUCGGAGGCAAUGACUUCAAUGGUCCUUUUUUUCAAGGACAACCGAUCGAGGAAGUAUCUAAGCUCGUUCCGGGAGUCAUAAAGACCAUCCACGAUGCAGUCGAGGAAGUGAUAAGUUUAGGGGCUACUAAUAUUGUGGUACCCGGGAACUUUCCAAUCGGAUGUGUGCCUAUUUACCUUGUUAAACAUGCGACGAAUGAUACCUCAAAGUAUGAUGAACUUCAUUGCCUAAUUGACUACAAUAACUUUGCAAAGUCCUACAAUCAACAAUUACUACAAGCCAUCACUCAAUUGCAAAGCGCGCACCCGGAUGUAGCCAUCGUCUAUGGAGACUACUAUGCUGCCUUGACUUCGGUCAUCACCAAUGCCCAACAAUUAGGGUUCGAGGAAGGUGGCACUGAAAAGGCUUGUUGUGGAACCGGCAAUAAUCCUUAUAACUACGGUGAUAAAAGUUGUGGUAGUCCUGGAGCUCAAGUGUGUCCGGACCCUAGUAAAAGAGUAAAUUGGGAUGGAGUUCAUAUGACUCAAGAAGGAAACAAAAAUGUUGGACAACAAUUGAUUAAGCAGUUUGUAUCUGCACUUCAAAAACAAAUUCGAAGACAUCGUAGUUGACAGUGAUGUUGGAAAAAAAAACACAGAAUAUACAAAGAUGGCCAAAAUAAAGGAUACACCUCUUAUGUAUGUUCAACCAUAAAUGUUUAGUGCAUUUUGCUACAUAAAAUUUAGUUUGCUUAAUUAAUUUAAUGAACACAAAGAUCAAUACAAUAUGUUUUUCUUGUUCACCAAUUUAA